AGAUUUGAAGAUGCCUGAACCCGCCAAGUCCGCUCCCGCCCCGAAGAAGGGCUCCAAGAAGGCCGUGACCAAGGCGCAGAAGAAGGACGGCAAGAAGCGCAAGCGCAGCCGCAAGGAGAGCUACUCCGUGUACGUGUACAAGGUGCUGAAGCAGGUGCACCCCGACACGGGCAUCUCGUCCAAGGCCAUGGGCAUCAUGAACUCGUUCGUCAACGACAUCUUCGAGCGCAUCGCCAGCGAGGCGUCGCGCCUGGCGCACUACAACAAGCGCUCGACCAUCACGUCCCGGGAGAUCCAGACGGCCGUGCGCCUGCUGCUGCCCGGGGAGCUGGCCAAGCACGCCGUGUCGGAGGGCACCAAGGCCGUCACCAAGUACACCAGCUCCAAGUAAUCGUGCCAAGCAGAGCAGCUCCAGUGAGGCAGCCUUCUCUCUCUGUCUACAGGAGGAGGAGACCUGACAUCUUCCCUACCGCUCAUCAGCCCUGGAUAUUGUCGCCUCUGACUAAUGA